UCCCGAGCGUCCGUUUUCCAACACUGGUAUUAUCGCCCUGGUUCGAUAACCCACGGUGCAUUCUUGGAUGUUCCAAAUUUGUAGAAUUCUGUGCGCAUCCGGUGUAAACUUUAAAAUAAUAGAUACAAAUAAUAGAUAAUUUAUAAGUUGCAUCAUUGUUCAUACGUUACAGCAGUUUUAAACCUCAUUGGCACAUUUAACUUUGGAACGUUAUUGGUGACAUUUGAUGUACAUUGAAUUUCAUCAUAAUUGAAACAGCAUCGUGUUGAAGCUAUUGCGCAUUUUCCACAUUUGAAUUUUCCGCUUACACAGUCUCAGGUCUUUGCACAAUGACGUGUAUCGUGGACCUCACCAAUGAAUGUUUGCUUCAAAUUGUAGGAUACCUCGAUAUUCAUGACCAAUUGAAUCUAAGGCAGGCUACUGACAGCGCAACCCGUCUAUCAUCUGCGGUUGCAUGUUCGUGGAAACUCCAGGAAAAAUACUGUUUUUACAAAUUCGAUUUUGAUAAACGACCCGAUCUACUUGAAGACUUUUUGCAAUGCAUUUGUUCAUCGGUUGCCGGACUGGUACUGAAUGAACUGCCCAAGGAACAGCUCAAUAUAUUGGGCAAUUACAUAUUUCCCAAUAUGCGGGAAUUGGAAUUUAGGGGCGUUUUGCUGAAACAGGGGGAUGUUGACCCGGUCUGCGAGAUUUUGGUCAGAUCCUUUCCGCUGUUGGAAUCUGUUUUGCUGGACGGAUUUAACUUUGGCAAGCAUAUUAGUCAGUGGGAAAACCUCCGGAAAUUAAACUUGUUGGGAAACGAAGGAUUGGAAUUGCAAUUCUUAGAAGAAAUCUGUAAAAAAAAUCGUCUGCAAUCUCUUAAAUUGUCAAUUUGCAAUACUCGGGGUAAUAAUGAUGCCUACGUCCAACACAUCUUGACUUUACAGGAUCUGGAGGAAUUAGAAAUAUCCUUAGAGACCCUAAGCCAAGAAAAGAUAGCCCAACUGUUAAUUUUACCAAAAUUGCGAAGAUUGUGUAUCCGUAUGGAUGAUGAGGAUAAUCUUUUGCCGGUAAUUCAAAGAGUUCGUGGUGAUGAUGUUCUGGCAAUCAGACUCUACGAUAACGAUUGGAGAAGCAGCUUGGAGGCACUUGUCCUGCUUCGCAAUCUCCGCUCGCUAACUUUAAAUGAUGAGAAUUUAUUUGAGCAUUACUUUGAACCAAGAGACUUAAAUAACGUUUGGCCAGAUAUCGACGGAAUGUGGAGAGUAGUCGCGGCGUGUCACCAGCUAGCCGAAAUAAAAUUGUCAGAGUUAGCCCUCCAGGAGGAACUCUGGGCUUUCAAUAUGGAUACAAUAAAACGCAUUUUAGAUGCACGACAGACUCCACUGGUCGUGCAUAUGGACGAAACCGGGUUUUUUGGAAAGACCGACUAUAUAUCCUUAUCGGAAAAGAUCGAACACCCAAAGUUAAAGCUACAUUUUCAUCCUUGGAAUAAUAAAUCACUCGAAUCUGCAGAAGGUUAUAUUGUGGAACUGGUGCCCCUAGCCUCAAAAAAUUCAUCUGUUUAA